AAACGAGAUGUCACUGGAAUUUAGAUAAAAAUGAACCCUAUUAUGAAUGCGUGAAUCGGAAAAGUGAUGGACAGAUGGGGAGCAAUGAUGAGGAAAUGGAUAUCGAUAUCGAGCAGAGCCUUAAAAUGCUGCCCCGGCUACUACUACUACCCAAAAGACAACCACCCACUCCGGGCCAUCACCUACUGGGGCUGUGGUAUGUGUUGGUGGAGCUGGCGGUAAGGGUGGAGAUUAUGGCGGCAGCGGCGGCGGUGGUGGUGGCGGUGGAGCUGAAUGUUAAUGAAUUUAUGAACGAAAGUGAAUCCAUGAGUUCGUAUGUGGAAGUAAAUGGUUGUCCCAUUUGGUAUGAAAAGUUUGGUUGGGGACCAAAACCAGUACUUCUAAUACCGGGUGGUAUUGGUAUGACCGACUUCCUGCCACAACUCGAAGAGGAUUAUGCGCUCGACUUUAAAAAGUUCACAAUAAUAGCGGUGGAGGCGCCGGGAUGGGGACGAUCCCGACCCCCGGUCAGGCAGUUCGGGGUCAAUGUAUACAAUAACGACGCCCAGUGUUUUCACGCAGUUAUGGAGGACUCGUUUACUAUACUUGACCAGAGUUUGGGGUUUCAAAAGUAUUCAAUAAUCGGUUGGUCUGACGGCGCAAAAGUGGCCCUUUUGAUGGCCAUUAAGUACUCGGCAUGUGUUGAAUCAGUUGUGGUGACCGCCAUCUCCACAUACCUAACGGACAGUGCCAUCAGUUUCUUUAAGACAACCCAAGACAUCGAGAGUUGGAGUAAAGAUAGGAUUGAUUGCUAUUUGAGAUGCUAUGAGACGAAAGCCGAGAUUCAGACCCUUUGGACCCGAUUCGCGAAAUACGUUGAAUACUAUAACCAAUACUUUCCCGAAGAUAUCUAUAAAGAUAAAUACCAUUUGAUUCGAUGUCCAGUCCUUGUGAUGCACGGACAGAGGGAUCAAAUGAUUGAUAUAAAACAGCCAUUAUAUGUGUGCGAAAGGAUCAAAACGGCUAAAUUGGAGUGCUUUUCAACCGCAGCCCAUGAUUUGCACCAAAAAUAUCCGUCAGCUUUCAAACGGCUAACUGAAGAGCACUUAUUAGGAGGCACUGAAUCAGCCUCGAGAUCAGCCCCCAAACCGCUCCCGGUUUGGGGCGUAAUUGGGAUGUAA